UGCCCACAUUAUCAGCUAUCUGAAGAAGGAGAUGCCGACUAUUUUCUGCAAAGAAAGCAAAAAGCACAACCUGAUUUACCAGCUUCCUGUGAUUUUCACCAAGAUCCAGCAACAGCAUCGAGUCCCAGCGGGCGACUUCCCUGACUGCACCAAGAUGCAGGAGAAGCUUUUAGGUCAAGAUUUCUCAAAGUUCAAGACACUGAAGCCCAGUCUGAUGGCCUCGCUGGAUAAACUCCUGGCCACUGACAUCGCCAACCUGGUGCCUCUCCUUCAACAACAGGAACUGAGGAAGGAAAGGAAGAAAUCCCUCCCUGGAGUGCUGGACGGGGAGUUUUUGGGAACAUUCAGGCGUGAGCUUUACAAAAAAGAUCCUUUCAAGGAAUUCAGGAGAGACGACGAGAGCGGCGAGGCGGAUUUCGUCGAGUGGGCGGUGGAGAAAUACAAGCCGAAGUACGACGAGAUUUUCUACAACCUCAGUCCAAACGACGGCAAACUGAGCGGCACCAAAGUCCGAGAGUGGAUGACCACCACGCUGCUGCCCAGCUCCGUGCUCGCCCACAUCUGGAGGCUGUCGGACGUGGACGGGGACGGCAUGCUGGACAAUGAGGAGUUCGCUCUGGCGGUCCACCUCAUUGAGGGGAAGCUGGAGGGACACUGGCUCCCCCGAGAGCUGCCGUCCCACCUGGUGCCCCCGUCCAAACGGCUCAGUACAUCCAGCGAUGAAGAGCAAACAUGAGGCUCUGUGUACUUUAUGUAGACAAUUGUACAUAAUCUAGUAGUAGCAGUAAAGAACUAACACAAUGUACAGAACCUGAGAAGGUGUUAUCCAUUUGUAUGAUAAUCGUCAUGACACUUAAAGAUUGGCAUUAAUGGUUUCACAUUAUAUUGUUACCCAUAUUUCACUUCUGCAUCCAAUCAAGUAACCAGGAAUGAAGAAUAAUACAGAAGCAUUUAUAUUUGUCUUUCAGGUUAAACAAUUGUUUGUUUUUUUCUUACACAAAAGAGCUGAGGGCAAUGAAGUACUAAGAGUAGCCGUCCCACCUGGCGCCCCCGUCCAAACGACUCUUUGUAAAUAGUUUCCUAACAUAAUCUGUAAAUAGUGAUUAACAAAAACCAGAACCAAAGAAGUUGUUAUCCACUUAUAUGUCAAUCACCAAGAUGCCAACACCUAAAGACUGCCAAUGAUUGUUUGUUUUUUUAAAUAUUCAAUCAUACAGAAGAGCAUUAUGAACCACAUGUUUAUUUGUAUUUUGUAUUAGCUAAUAAUCUGAAUCUGUGAAGCAAUCAGAGAAAUGUAGUGGAGUAAAAAGUAAAUAAUGGCUCCCAAAAUGUUAUGGUUAUGGGUUGGAAAUGUGAAGUAGCAUAAAAUGAAAAUAGUUUAUUCAUUGCAGAACCUAAUCACAUUCUACCAUUGCUCAUAUAUCACAUACUCCUAAGGUAUAUUUGUAUCAAUUGUAUUAACUCGUACAGCCAACACCACUGGCCAGUAUUAUUUCAAACUAACACAUGGGCGGUUCUAGAGUGGGGCGAACAGGGGCCAGUGCCCUUAGAUUAGAAUAUAUGAUAAUAUAAUUUGUAAUAGUGUUGCAGCAAAGACUGUCACUUUUUUGUAAAUGAAACAAAUACUAGUCAUGGUCUUUUAUGUUAUU